GUUGUGUAGCCGUUAGUUCACCGGUCCGCUCCGAGCAAGCCGCGCGCGCCGCAAACAUGACCUCCAAGCAGUUCACUCGGGAGCAGAUCUCCAAGUGGAAAUCAGAAAACAAAACCGACACUGUAUUCAUAAUCGACAACGUAGUAUACGAUGUUACUAAGUUCCUAGACGAGCAUCCCGGUGGACACGAGGUGCUGCAGAACGUCGCUGGCAAGGACGCUUCGGAAGACUUCGACGACGUAGGCCACAGCCUGGACGCCAAGGACCUCAUGCAGAAGUACAAGGUCGGCGAUAUUGUGGAAUCAGAGCGCGUGUACUCGCAGAAGCGGCAGAUAUCGUGGGAGGACAACAAGCAGGAGAAUGAGAGCAGCUUCACGAGCUCCUGGAAGUUCCCUGUGUUGCUGGGUAUCGUAGUGACCUUGCUGUACAGCUACCUGUUCGGGUAGCCGCCGGCACCGCCUCGCGUCGCGUCUCCACUGGACUCAGUGCAAGUGCGUGUACAUGACCGACCAAUACAGACUGUUGAUAGAUAUAUUUAUUAUGUUGCCAAGGUUUUAUGCAUAAUUUGUAUAUUGUGAUAUUUAAUUAAAUUUGUAUAAUUCUGAAUAUUG